AUGGCCACUCUGACGAGCCUCCCCCUUGACAUCCAGCAGCACAUCAUCUCCUAUCUCCUCUCCAAUCGCGAUGUUGCUGCGCUCUCGCUCCAAUCACGGACUUUUCAUCAGCUUUGUGACAUGCAGACCCGUCGCAAAUAUCACAAGAUCCGCAUCGCCCCAAAUACUGGCUCUCUUGACAGAGCCUUCAAUCUCCUACUGGAUAUUUUGCGACGACCAAGCUUAGGCCGUUAUGUUCGCCAAAUUAAGGUCCAUGCUCGCCUACCAAUGCAUGUGGAGUAUAUGCAGCGACAAUCGCAGCGAGACAUCGGCAGCCAGGACGAGCAACUGUUGCGAAGCGCUGUCGAAAGAGCCGGCUUUACAGCUGAGGAAGAUAGGAUAGUCAAUAUGCUAAUGCAGCGGAUGACCUCCUAUAAGUUUGUGUCGCUCUUCUCCAAGCAGUCGGAAACACGAGGGGACGAAACCUGCCUGCCGCAAGCUCUUGCCGCCAUCUUGAUCACUGUAUCGCCAUACCUUGUCUCCAUGGCGUUGCCCCCAGUGGGCGGCUCUGACGAUGUUCAAUACCCUCUGAACCAGCUCCUCCGCCGAGUCAGCGCAGGCCCCAAGACAAACAUCCCAUACUUGCAAAACCUCCGCGAGAUAUACAUUAUCAACGAGCCCGAGCCUCUUCUCGAUGACGAGCGCUUUUACUUCAGGAUGGAUUUCUUUGAGCCACUUACUGCAAUCGGGGGUCUCCCGGCCAUCGAGACUGUAGCAACAGAUGCUCUCGAGGAGGACGACGGAGAAGUGAAUGACCUUGACGUCGCCUCCUCAAAUAUCAGCAAGAUCAACAUCCAGCACUCCUCGGUCAGCUCAUCGUACUUGGUCUCGCUCAUCUGUUCGUGCAAAGCCUUAAAGGUCUUGCGCUUCUCGGUUGGAGGCCGCGCAACGAAUGAUGGGGGCUAUCCAUUGUUCUUUCACACCACUGUUAUGCGAGCACUCUUGCUUCAUAGAAGGACAUUGGAGGACGUGGACCUGGACGUCGAAUCGUACAUCUUCCACUUCAUGUGCGACCUUCAGCCGAGGACGGUAGGAUGCCUCUGCGUUAGAUACGAACCAAGAGAAUAUGAGGGCACCGACCGGACACCCCCAAUGUGCCUGGCGGAGCAGAAUGGCUCCCUGAAGGACUUGAUCGGUCUAAAGCGUCUGAGCAUUGGCAUCAAGUUUCUGCUAUGUUUCGUGAGGGGGAUUGACCUGGAGACGGAUGCGAGUACGGGGAGCAUGAUUGUGGACUGCCUGCCACCGCAUCUGACAUAUCUUUGUAUCCGAGGGUAUAAAAGGGGACAGCACGCAGGGCAGGAUGCUUUUAUCGAUGAGCUGUUGCAGGCUGUACACCAGGGGCGCCUGGAUUUGGAGCUUCGGGGAGUGGAUGAGACGAUUCCGCAUGGCGAGGAUGUAGACGACCCCGACCGGGACACGCAUCUAUUGUGGAAGCCGCCGGUGGAUGCAUCAGAGAGCGAGUGA